AUGUACAACACUGACAUGUCCCUCCCUCUGGCCGGUCUGCAGACUCGCACAAAUACAGUUGAGUGUUUCAUAAAAAUGCACUCAGAUGCGACAAGUAAGUACAAUAAUUUUCAACUGAACUCUCACUUGUCCACACUGGCCAACAUCCACAAAAUCUACCACACCUUGCACAGGCUGAACUUGACAGAGGACGCUGGCCCAGACGCUCACGCCACAGCCUGCUGCUCUAGAGCCAUGCCCCCCAGGAAAAAGAGGAGGCCCACUGCAGGGGACGACUUGUCUGCCAAGAAGAGCCGGCAAGACAAUGUUUACAGGAAACAUGAGGCUUCACGGAUCCAAGAGGCAGAAGCUUUCUCCAGCAAGAGAUGUCUAGAAUGGUUUUAUGAGUAUGCAGGAUGUGAUGAUGUGGUGGGACCAGAGGGCAUGGAGAAGUUUUGUGAGGACAUUGGUGUGGAGCCAGAGAAUGUUGUGAUGCUGGUUUUGGCCUGGAAGUUGGAUGCCCAGAGUAUGGGAUACUUUACCUUACAGGAGUGGCUGAAAGGCAUGAGCUCUUUGCAAUGUGACUCAACUGAGAAACUCAGGAACUCUCUAGAUUAUCUGAGAUCAGUUCUUAAUGAUCCCACCAAUUUCAAACUCAUUUAUAGAUACGCCUUUGACUUUGCACGGGAGAAGGAUCAAAGGAGUUUAGACUUGAAUACAGCCAAAUGCAUGCUUGGACUACUUUUAGGCAAAACGUGGCCACUGUUUCCUGUGUUCAACCAAUUUCUAGAGCAAUCUAAGUAUAAAGUUAUAAAUAAAGAUCAAUGGUGCAACGUUCUAGAGUUCAGUAGGACCAUUAACUUGGAUCUCAGUAACUAUGAUGAGGAUGGAGCUUGGCCUGUGUUGUUGGACGAAUUUGUGGAAUGGUACAAAGAUAGAGAGAUGUCAUAGCAACAGCUAUAUCAACUCCGCCACCACUAACAACCUCCAUGACAACGAUGACAAAAAGACUUCAAAACAAGCAUCAACAAACAAAAUUUAUCCAAACAGGUUGAAGCAGGUUGUGGAUGCCUUUUGGUUGUGAGUUCAUGUGUGUUUGUUUGUGUGUG